AUGAAUCGAAUGGUCAGACACCAAAGUGUNUUGUAUGUUAUAUUCACUGAUGUUACUCUUUGCACAGCACGACAGCCACUUGGACUGCGUGCUGCUUCAUUUUUGAGCGGUAUUCCACUAGGAACUGCAAUCCGAGUCAACAGUUUACGACAAUCCGUUGAUUAUGGCCAAUACGUUGAUAAUGUGAAAAAUAACUAUGUGUUAGUUGUAGGAGAAAACGAAUUGAAGUCACAAAGUAUCUGGUUAGGGGAGAAUACAUACAAUUUCAAUAGCUCUGAUUGGCUUCUUGGUAACACAUCAAAUUCUACCGGAUGGAUUCAACAAAAUUUAAUGCAAUUACGAGGCCACAAUUUAGUUUGGGCCAAAGAUCAAUGGAUACCCAAUUGGUUGAUAGAACAGGAAUCAUCCAUAUCAUCUGCUAAAGCGAAACAAUUAUUAAGUGAUUAUAUUCACACAGUCGUUGGUCGGUAUCGUGGCAAAAUACCUUGGUGGGAUGUGAUUAAUGAAGCUGUUGAUGACAAUAAUAAUACGAAUCCAUUCAAUCUACGUGAUUGCUUUUGGUUUAGAAAGUUAGGUCCAGAUUUCAUAAAAUACGCGUUCAUAUUUGCCCAUGAAGCGGAUUCCAAUGUUAAACUCUAUUACAAUGAGUACGGUAUCGAAUACGUUAAUUUAAAAACUAAAAGAACGCUUAAUUUAAUCGAUUGGUUAGUAUCACAAGGAAUUAACGUUCAUGGUAUCGGUUUACAAUGGCACAUCGAUGUAUCAGUGAACGUUACGCCAGGUGAUGUACAUUAUCAAAGUGCUCAACAAUUUGUUGAUCGAAAGCUUGACUUUAUGGUAACAGAACUUGAUGUAUCUGUCCCAACGAAUGGCGGUUAUCCAAUCAAUCCUCAAGAUCUCCAAACGCAGGGUCUUGUUUAUCGUUCGAUUUUAGAGUAUGCUCUUUAUUUUUCGUCCAAUUGUCGAGCUUUACUUACUUGGGGUUUUACUGAUCGCUAUAGCUGGAUUCCUUCCUUUAGUAACUACACAAGAGGUGCAGCUCUCCCUUUAGAUUGGAUGUAUUUUCCAAAAUUUGCUUAUUGGCAAAUGCAAGAAACUCUCACUCGUGUUCUUGUUGAUGGUAUUUAUCGUCUUUCACCACAGUCGAAAUCCAAUCAAUGCCUUGGUACUUCCCUGAAUGCAAACAGCAGUGAUGUUCAGUUAUAUAACGAACCAUGUCAAAAUGCACAUCAGAAAUGGAAUAUCACAUGGCUUGGUGAUGGAACUUAUCGUUUCUUGUCACUUAAUGCACAGAAUCACGUUCUAUCUGCUCGUAAUACAACAGCCACUAUUGGUGAAGUUCAGACAUCUAUCUGGUCAGAUGAUAUCGAACAAGGAUGGGCUUUUUCUGCACAAGGACCUCAUCUAUUCCGCAUAGUACCACGUACUGCUUGGUGGCGAGUAAUGACUGUUUAUGACACAUCGAGCAUUGGUAUUAUUAAUUUCGAUCGCAUGAACGAACAGAACUGGAUUUUAACGCAAGUCUAA